GGGGGGGGUCGUUGCAUUCAUUGCAGUGCAGUUAUCUCAGCUGAAGCAUCCAGGAUAGAUGACCUUCCAACCUCUGCUUAAGAACCUUGCGAAGAUCCACUUGGGAAGCUAAGCAGGGUCCUGUAUGGUUUCAAAUGGGUUGGGAGAACAAGUGGUGACAUCCCUGCAUCGCAUGGACUAGAUGACCCUCGCGGUCCCUUCCAACUCUACGCAGUUUUUCUUGAGAGGAGCGAGAGCACAGUCUUUUUACCUUGUAUGGCUACAGGACAGAUGGAAGCCGGAUCAAAAUCCGAGGAAGAGCAUUUGGACUCUCCCCACCCGCAUGUUGACCUUGAGCAAAAGGAGGCAUCAGCAUCUCCCAAGAUCUGGAAAUGCCUAUCAAUUAAAGAUAUUCUCAUAGGCAUCCUCGUUUUCCUGGUCAUCGCGCUUACCAUUACCAUUAUAGCAGUGACAGCCUCCAGAGAAGCCGAGCAACCAGGUCAUCAGCUGGUUCCCUCCGCGCUCUGCGGUCUACCAUGUCCACAUCACUGGAUUGGCUAUACGGGAAAGUGCUAUCACUUUUCGAAGAAGAAAAGGAAUUGGAACUCCAGCAGAAGCUACUGCGAGUCACACAAUGCCUCCUUGGCUAGGAUUGAAAGUGAGGAGCAGGAGUAUGUGAAGCGUCUCGCUGGCAACCAUGACUUCUGGAUCGGUCUCAGAAGAGACCCAGGUCAACCCUGGAAAUGGCUAAAUGGAGAAAAUUCAACGCUCAGAAUCGCUGGAACAGGUGGGGAAUGUGUCCAUCUGGACAAUGAAGCCAUAGCUGCCGCCUCGGGCUGCCACACAGAACUUCCUUGCAUCUGCAGCAAACCUUCCGCAUGUACAAAUUCUAAUUGUUUAUCAGCCUCAUAGCCCAAACACUGGAGGAGAGCUGGAGUGAGUGAGUAAAGUCAAGAAAAUCAGGAGCCAAGAUGACGAAUGGAUGAACUGGGUAGGAUACCACCCUAAGUAUGGCUAGGAAUUUGUUCUUAAAUGCAAAUACACUCAGAAUUUGUACUAUUUGGGCAGCCUUGGAGGCUGCUAUUAGAUACUCCCCAGCAACUGCUUUGUGGAGCAUCUAGUAGGAUGGGGUACAAUUUAAACUAAUUAUCUCGUAUUUGAAAAAUACUCAGCCAUGCAGUUAGAAUACUUAGAAGGAGUGAUACUAAAAUGAAAUGGAGUUCAUUGUAAGGGAAAGGACAACGUGCACUUAGAAUUUUACCAUGUAAUAUAGAAUUUAUAUAUAUAUAAGUUUUUUUAACAUUAUUUUCAACAGUAAUUAAAAAUACUUUUACAUCUUAUUCAAAUUUUUGACUUCCAUCAAUCCUGUCUGAAAAUUUUCCAGUCUAGUCUCUCAGUAUGCAUUUCUUAUCUUCCCUAUUACAUUUCAAACUCAUAACCAAUAUCUCUAUCUUUUUCUACUUUGUAACACUUCGUAUAUUUCUCCUUACAAAGCUUCUUGUAGUCCUACUAGCGUAAUUUGUUGAUUACAGUUGCUCUUCAAAUAAUUCAUAUACUUCCAAUCUUCUGUAAAUCUCUGGUCCCGCAGGUUUCGAAUCCUUCCUGUCAUUUUGUCCAGUUCUGCAUAGUCCAUUAAGUUCGCCUGCCAUUCUUCUUUCGUUGGAAUUUCUUCUUGUUUCCAUUUCUGGGCUAACAAAUGUAAUAUUGAAGUUUUAGGCUGAAUUUUGAAGGUUUGUAAUAAGUGACAGCACUGAGACAGUUGGGUGUAACGGUUAGAGUGUUGGACUAGGACCUGCGAGACCAGGAUUCAAAUCCCCGCUCAGCGACAAAAUUCGCCACAAGACCUUGGACCAGACACUGUCUCUCAGACUAACCUACCUUCCAGGGUUCUAGUGAGGAUGAAAUGGAGUGGGGAAGAACCCAGUAUGCUGCCUUGUGGACACUGACACAUUGAUCUACCCUCACUAAAUAGUAAUUAUUGUUUUGCAAACUUAAUUUUUCUUUAUUUUUAUAGUUUUGCAACCUAAAUAAUUGUAUUUUUCAAAUCAGACCAUGGCUUCUUCAAGUAGACAAAAAUGUGUAAACAAACCUGAGGCCUUUUGUUAUGUAUGUGGCUGCUACGCACUUCCUCGUCAAAGAUGCAAUAUAACAGCGUUUGUGAGGCGUGCCUAUAACAGCUAUUUUGAAAUCCCCCUGGGCCACCAAGGCAAGAAAUGGGCUCCGCAUAUUGUUUGUCACAAUUGUGAGGAAAUACUUAGAGACUGGACAAAAGGAAAACGGAAGAGUAUGCCUUUUGGAGGUCCCAUGGUUUGGCGAGAACCCAAGGAUCACACAAGGGACUGCUAUUUUGGUUUACCAGUGGUAUCUACAAGCCGUUGUUAUUCAGGUACAGUGGUACCUCGGGUUACAUACGCUUCAGGUUACAGACUCCGCUAACCCAGAAAUAGUACCUCAGGUUAAGAACUUUGCUUCAGGAUGAGAACAGAAAUCGUCCUCCAGUGGUGCGGUGGCAGUGGGAGGCCCUGUUAGCUAAAGUGGUGCUUUAGGUUAAGAACAGUUUCAGGUUAAGAACGGACCUCCAGAACAUAUUAAGUACUUAACCCGAGGUACCACUGUACUUGGUAAAGCCUUUCUGUUGUCCAAGCAAGAAGUUGACCAUUUUGAGGUCCACACAGAUGGUCCAGUUGUGCUCCUCACCAUGUUCACUUCCUUCACCUUCAGAAGAGACAAACCCCUUAAAAGCUGGAGUAGGGAGUUCCUCAGGGUGCGGGAUAGGUCUAAUUGCUGAAGGAAUACUGGGAUAGGCAUCAGAAUGUCAGUUGUUCUUGCCGAUAGCCUUCGUAUUAACCAGACAAAAAUAGCAUAACAAAAGGCAUCAGGCUUGUUUACACAUUUUUGUCUACUUGAAGAAGCCAUGGUCCGAGCUGAAAAAUAGAAAUAUUUAGGUUACAAAUCUAUAAAAAUAAAGAAAAAUUAAGUUUGCAAAACAAUAAUUACCAUGUGGUUAGGGUAGAUCAACGUGUCAGUGUCCCCUUAUCCCCUGUGUAAAUAUGACAUAUCAGCAAAAGUCGGAAAUUGAAAGAUAACUAUAGCAUGUAGAUGGAAAUCGAUUUCAGAUUUGAAAUCAGCAUUGAAAGAACAUAUAAGAACACUUGAAAAAUCUCAUGCAAAAGAAAAUGGGGGAAAAAAAUUUCCCCAGUAUACUGUGUAUCCCAAGGGAAUACAUUUUUUUGCAUACCUCCAACUGUACAUAGAUAUACAUGUCAUGUUCAAUGCUAUAUAAGUCACUUACAUUUAUACUCACAUUGUACUACUUUGGCUAUGUGUUUAAUAAAAUAUUGAAUUCUUGCAUUGUGAAAAGCAGAUUAUGGUGAAAAGUGAAAAACAUGAAUAAAAACAAAAACACUAGAGCUUACAGAACAAAACCAACUUCAGAAAAUAAAUCAGCACGUCGAAAUUAGGUUAGAACAACUGCAGGUGUCAAUGCAACAAAAAUUUUGUUUCCCAGUGUUAUAAGUGUAACACUAAAGAGAAAAUUUGUAUUUCUAUUUUUUUAAAGUCAGCUCCUUUGUAACAAAACUUUCUAAUAAAUAUUGCUUCACAGCA